AUGUCGAAGACUUCCCCCCUCCACAGGGUUAUCGACGCCGGGCAGUGGGACGCCGAGCGCCUCCUUGGCCGCCUCAUAAUCGUCGUCCACGCCGCCUUCCUUGACGCGGGCUUCGUUCCCGCCACCGCCGCGGCCAAGGACCCGGAGCAGGGCCGGAUCUCGAAGCAGCAGGGAGCGACAGCUUCGACGCUCUCCCUCCGGUACGCCGUGCCGCAGCUCCGGCAGGACACGGGCGCCGCUGCGCUAAGGAUGUUCGCGCACGGGCGGCACGUCGUCUUCUACGUGCGCGGAGACCGGCGGCUGGGCACGUACUGGGUGUGCGUGGACGCGCUCGCCGCCGCACGGUACCUGUCGUACGGCCUUGACGACACAGCGCGCGCGCUGAGGAGGGACGCCCAGGCGGCGGCGCUCUGGGGCGCCCUCGCCGACGGUCUAUGCCGGCGCGUCUUGGCCGCGAUGUGCCGCGAGAACGGCGUGGCGCUGGAGCCCACCUUCAUGUCGCUCCCCGGCGACGCCAAGGCGGCGAUCCUGGCGAGGAUCUCCUGAUGGUGACGCACACCU